ACUGAAGGUUUCUUCCCAGUGGCAUAGAUAUUGCAGCAGAUUUCAUUUACCAGAAAAGCGAAAGAGGGGGAAAUAAUUAACCCAUAAAAAGAUUUCUUCUUCUUCUUCCCGUCAUACGCAUUGUAGAGAGAGAAAUCAGCGUGUGUUUUUAGAGAGAGAAACAUGGAUUUGAUACCGUCGGAGCCUUCGCAGAUCAUGAAGAAACAUGGUUUCCGGUCGCUGAAACUAGUGAAUGUCAACAUGGAAGACGUUCUUGACGAAAAGCCAUUCGGAGUCGAAUACGGUAGGCUCGGCAAUGGACUCCGUUACUACGUCCGAUCCAAUUCGAAGCCCAAGAUGAGAGCUGCACUAGCACUCGCUGUCAAAGUUGGCUCAGUUUUGGAAGAGGAAAAUGAGCGUGGUGUUGCUCACAUAGUUGAGCAUCUUGCUUUCAGUGCCACGACAAAAUACACAAAUCACGAUAUCAUUAAAUUUCUUGAAAGUAUUGGGGCAGAAUUUGGUGCUUGUCAAAAUGCACUCACAUCUGCUGAUGAAACUGUAUAUGAGUUAUUUGUUCCUGUUGACAAGCCUGAAUUGUUAUCUCAGGCCAUUUCAGUCUUGGCAGAAUUUAGCUCAGAGGUGCGAGUCUCAAUAGAUGACUUGGAGAAAGAAAGAGGAGCUGUUAUGGAAGAGUACAGAGGAAACAGGAAUGCAAAUGGAAGAAUGCAGGAUGCUCAUUGGGUUCUGAUGAUGGAAGGUUCGAAGUAUGCUGAGCGCUUACCAAUUGGAUUAGAGAAGGUAAUUCGGACGGUUUCUCCUGAGAUUGUGAAGCAAUUUUAUAGGAAGUGGUACGAUUUACACAAUAUGGCUUUGAUUGCUGUUGGAGAUUUUUCUGAUACACAGCAUGUAGUUGAGUUGAUAAGGACUCAUUUUGGGGGGAAAGUUUCAGCACCUGAGCCUCCACUCAUACCAAAGUUUAUUGUUCCACCUCAUGAAGAACCUCGUUUUUCAUGUUUUGUUGAAUCUGAAGCUGCUGGGUCUGCAGUGAUGAUCAGCUGUAAGCUGCCUGUGGAUGAGCUAAAGACUGUGAAACACUACAGGGAUUUACUUGCAGAGUCAAUGUUCUUUCAUGCUAUAAACCAGAGGUUCUUUAAAAUAUCUCGUAGAAAGGAUCCUCCAUACUUUUCAUGCUCUGCAGCUGCAGAUGUCCUAGUUCGUCCAAUUAAGGCCUAUAUAAUGACUUCGUCUUGUAAGGAGAAAGGGACUAUUGAGGCCUUAGAAUCAAUGCUCAUUGAGGUUGCAAGGGUUCGGCUACAUGGUUUUUCUGAACGUGAAAUUUCAGUUGUUCGGGCUCUGUUAAUGUCCGAGAUUGAAUCUGCCUAUUUGGAGCGUGAUCAAAUGCAAUCUACCAGCUUACGAGAUGAAUAUUUACAACAUUUUCUCCGCGAUGAACCUGUUGUCGGGAUUGAGUACGAGGCACAACUUCAGAAAACUAUUCUACCCCAUAUAUCAGCAUCUGAGGUAUCCAAGUACUCAAAGAACUUCCGAACAUUAUGUAGCUGUGUCAUUAAGACAAUUGAGCCUCGAGCUACUGCAACAGUAGAUGAUCUUAGAAUGGUGCUGUUGAAGAUCAAUUCUCUUGAGGAUGAAAGAUGCAUAUCUCCUUGGGAUGAUGAACACAUCCCAGAAGAAAUUGUUAGUACAAAGCCAAAUCCAGGCAAUAUAGUGCAGCAACUUGAAUAUUCAAACAUUGGAGCUACUGAGUUAAUUCUAUCAAAUGGCAUGCGAGUUUGCUACAAGUGUACGGACUUUCUGGAUGACCAGGUUCUCUUCACAGGGUUCUCAUAUGGGGGUUUGUCCGAACUCCCAGAAAGUGAGUACUUCUCAUGCUCAAUGGGUUCGACUAUUGCUGGGGAAAUUGGUGUAUUUGGUUAUAGACCAUCGGUGCUUAUGGACAUGCUUGCUGGUAAGAGAGCUGAAGUCGGGAUGAAGCUUGGAGCAUAUAUGAGGACCUUUUCUGGUGAUUGUUCACCUUCAGACCUUGAAACUGCCUUGCAGCUUGUCUAUCAACUAUUUACAACAAAUGUAGAGCCAGGAGAAGAAGAUGUGAAAAUAGUAAUGCAAAUGGCAGAAGAAGCCGUGCGUGCUCAAGAGAGAGAUCCUUACACUGCAUUUGCAAACCGUGUGAGGGAGCUCAAUUAUGGAAACUCCUAUUUUUUUAGGCCAAUUAGAUUCAGUGACCUUCGAAAGGUAGAUCCAUUUAAAGCUUGUGAAUAUUUCAACAAGUGUUUCAAGGAUCCUUCAACUUUUACUGUUGUGAUAGUUGGGAAUAUUGAUCCUGCAGUUGCAUGUCCUUUAAUAUUGCAAUAUUUGGGUGGAAUUCCAAGACCUUCUGAACCAGUUUUACAUUUCAACCGUGAUGACCUCAAGGGUUUACCAUUCACUUUUCCUGCAACUGUAAUUAGAGAAGUUGUUCGCAGCCACAUGGUGGAAGCACAAUGUUCGGUCCAACUAUGCUUUCCUGUUGAGCUCAAAAAUGAAAAUAUGAUUGAAGACAUUCACUUCGUUGGGUUUUUGAGCAAACUUCUGGAAACAAAAAUACUGCAGGUUCUCCGUUUCAAGCAUGGGCAGAUAUACUCUGUUGGUGUUUCUGUCUUCCUUGGUGGUAAUAAACCUUCAAGAAGUGGUAAUGUCCGUGGUGAUAUUAGCGUAAAUUUCUCUUGCGAUCCAGAUAUCUCAUCAACACUGGUCGAUCUUGCGCUCGAUGAAAUAUUACAUCUUCAGGAGGAAGGACCUUUAAAUGAGGAUGUUUCAACCAUCCUUGAAGUUGAACAAAGGGCACAUGAAAAUGGACUGCAGGAGAAUUACUAUUGGCUGGAUAGGAUGCUACGCAGCUAUCAGUCAAGGAUCUAUUCUGGUGAUGUUGGCACUUCUUUUGAGGUUCAAGAUGAAUGCCGUUCCAAAGUUAGAAAAACUUUGACACCAUUAGCAGCUCAGUUGGCAUUACAAAGGAUACUACCUUUCCCCUGCAAAAAACAGUACACCAUUGUGAUUUUAAUGCCCCAAGCAUCUCGUUUUGGAUUACUAGAAUCAUUCAUCCGCUCUAUGCCAAACCAUUAUUGUAGAGAUGCAAAGACGUUAGUCGGCAUUGCUGGCCUCGCAGUGAUGGUUCUCAGUUUAUGGAGAUAUUCAAGAAGUGCCCUGAAAUCUUAAGUUAGAUUCACUUGGCACAAUAUCACAUAGUCGGAGGAAUGGAGGAAAUCAACAGGAAAAAAGGACAGAUGUACCGAAUGAUGGAAGCUACAAAUCAAUUCCAUGAAUACCUACAUGUUGAACGAUAUCUCAGUCCGUUAACAGCAAUUUGAACUCGUAUGGACACAGAAGAAAGCUUGAAAUCUUUACGUCUAAUCAUUUUUGGUCUGGGGGAACCUUGUAUAACUGUAUCAUUUUUAGCCAUUGGUAAUAAGGUAGAUGAAAGGUAUUAUAUAAUAAGAAAUGUAGGGACUAAAAGUCUCAGUAAUGGUCAAAAUAUUACAGGAGGAGGAAUAAUAAUUAGAUAUGGUCUGGUAUUUGAGGCGUCCUGAUGAUGUAUUAGGACAUCUUGCUGAAAUAAAAUCAAUUGUAUUUACCCUCCAAAAUGAUUCUCUUUUGUCUAGCAUCUAAUACCUGUAAUAUAUUUCGUUUGUGUUUUAA